CAGCUGGCCUCCAGUGACAGCAGCAGCAGCAGAGUCUGUGAGCUACCAGAUCAGGUGAACACACCCCAGCAGAGCGGGACUCCCGACCACCUGUGCGCCAUGGAAGAAGACGCGUCCCACGCCGAGGCCACCAGCGUCUCCAGCAGCACCCACACCCUCCCGCAGCAGCCGCAGCAGCCGCAGCAGCAGCAGCAGCAGCCCGAGAACGCGGAGCUCCUCAUCCCGAGCUUCGGCGCCUCCUCCGCCCCGUCCUCCCCAACCCCGACCAGCACCCUCUCCCGGCUGGGUCUGAAAAGCCCCACCAGCCCCACCGGCCCCGUGGCGCCGGGCAGCCCGGUGGACCGCGGCCAGGUGAGCGCCAUCACCGUGGUGGCGCUGCUGGACAAGCUGGUCAACAUGCUGGAGGCGGUGCAGGACAACCAGCAGCGGAUGGAGCAGCGGCAGGCCGAGCUGGAGGGCGCCGUGAAGGUGGUGCAGGGGGACGUGACCCGCCUGUCCAAGACCCACAUCAGCACCUCCAACAGCGUGAGCAAGCUGCUGGAGAGAUCCCGCAAGGUGAGCACGCACCUGAAGGAAGUGAAGGAGCGCAUGGACAAGCAGGCGGUCCAGGUGAAGAAGCUGGAGGCCAACCACAACCACCUGCUGAAGAGGAACAACUUCAAAGUGCUCAUCUUCCAGGAGGAGAAUGAGAUCCCUGCCAGCGUGUUGGUCAAGGAUUCCCUCAAGACCCCACAACCAAGCCAGUAUGAUGCAGAGUCCACCCGGCCUAACCCAUCUGUCACAGGUUCUGUUGAUGGCCUCCGUACCCACGAGGAGGGCCUGCAGACCGUUAGCCUGUCCUCAGAUGAGGAUGUUGAAUAUCCAGGACACCGCAUCGAUGAAGAUUACCUGGAUUGCGAUGCCGCGAUGGCCAGUUCCCGUACAUUUGAGAGAAGGGCCGACAGGUUCAAGCGCUCCAGCCUGAAGAAGGUAGAUAGCCUCAAAAAGGCCUUCUCGCGCCAGAGCAUCGAGAAGAAGAUGACCGAGGUCACCAACAAGAUUGUGCCACCAGAGAAGCGUGAGAAGCUUAAGAAGAGCCUCACCCCCAACCACCCCAAGAGCCCGACCGCCAAGUCGUCCUCUUUCAAGGUGUCGCCAAUGACCUUCAACGUCAAGAAGGUCAGAGACGGGGAGACCCCCACGCCAGACAUGGGCUCACCUUUGGAAGCAGCCCAUGUGGAGAUUCCUCCUCUGGGAAGCAUGGAUGGGGAGAUUCCUUUGGCGGAGGUGCACACCAUGGAGGGUUAUGUGGAGGAGAUUCAGGAGAUUCAGCUGAGUCCCUCCACUCCAGAUAGCAUGAAGGCAGAGCUGGCAGUAAAUGGAAAAACACCAAGCAUCGAGUGUGAGAUGAAUGGCGAUGGUGUUGCUGGCCUCGCAGUUCCGGAGCAUGACGAAGAUCUUGGCGAGGACAUGGAAGAGGAGGAGGAAGAAGAAGACAAACAAAAAAGCCCUGUUGAGAUAGCUGCCGAUGUCCAGAUUGCUGGAGCAACAUUUUCCGUGGAGCAAGCGUCUUAAUAUGUUGAGAUUUUGAGCAUCAGUCCUGGUUUCCCUUUUUUUUUUUUUUUUCUUUUCUUCAAGUUUCAACGAUUACUGAACCCCCAGCUGACACAAGUUUUGCCUUACUGUAACCAGUCCUGUGUUAUUGUCAUUAGCACCCCUAUACACUAGAAACACACUCUGGACUUCCUGACCCUGGACCUUUCCUACAACCACUGCCUUUAAUUAUCACCAGCACAGUCCUUGACAAACCUUGACAUGGUCUGCAUUAGCGACUACACCCGACAGUGCACCUCACUAAACGUUCAGAACAAAGCAUCCAGUGCGAGUGCUUUGUGAAUUGUGUAGUUAAGUGGUCCAAGGAGGACAACAUUGCAGCAAUACGCCAUAACUUAUUCUCGUCAACCGGUGCCCACCACUUCAAUAGGUGCACAUCUCCAGGGCGCUGGACCAACUAUCUCCCUCCUGCUGUGUUUAUCUGCCUCUGGCCCUCUCUUUCUCACUGACAAAUAGCCUCUUUUGUUCUUUGUAUAAAAAAAAAAGAAGAAAAAAAAGUAAAUCUUUGGCAAUGGUGGUACUGCCCACAGCCUGUUGAGGCAGCGUGUUGCCAGGUUGUGCAAGAGUUGGAAUGGGGAAUUUCUGCAUUUUCAGUGAAAAGGCCCUGGGGUGUUUUUUUUUUUUUAGUAGUGGACUAGAGGUUGUUUACUGAGAUCUUAGGGCCUGCCCUGCAGAAGCCCUGAUCUUAACUAGCAGGUGACUUCAGUAGUCUGAGUGGCUCUAUCUUGCCUCCUGUCCUUCGCUCCCAGGUGGGAAAUUACGCGUUAGUCCCACAGUGAGAUUCGUCUUUCACCUUUCAUUGAUACAUGCAACAAUAAAUGAGCUGCAUCCUAUAAAAUAUACGAUCGCCAUUUGACCUCAAGCAACUAGCAACCAACAUUUGCAUCAUGGAAAAAUAAAGUGGAAUAGAGAGGAUUUGAACUAGUCAGAACUGUCUUGAAAAUCACACCUAUUUGAGAAAAAAUGUUUAAAAAUAUUAGGUUACAUUAUGUUUAGUCACACGGAUGCCAAUGAAGGACAUCACUGCAGGAUAGAAGCGACUCUGGAUGUAGACAACAAUAUGUUAGUGACGCAAAGGACCGUGCAGGUUUUAAUAGUGAGACACUAAAUGUCACUUUUGCAGCUCGUAUUCUCCUUUUUGCAGGGCUGCUUUCUAUGUUUAUGUACAGAAAUUGUUGCCUUUUUCUAUGUGAGGCACACUACUCGCUAGGUAUUUACAGGUUAAACACCAUAAAUCAGUACAGUACCUUUUUGCCUGCCUUGAGUGUGUGUUCUUAUACAGUAAAUGUUGUAUCUGUGAAUUAUUUUUUUUUGCUUUACUAUAUGAUUCUCGGGUCUUUAUAAGUCGUAUUCUUUCAGGCGUCCAUAACUUACACGGUGAAGUGUUUACUCAGUUUCAUGUUUAAGACACUAUCUUUAAAAAAACAAAUUGCCAGGGCACCAUUACUAAAGCCUCUCUGUUUUAUUGCAUACACAAACAUACUCCUACGGUGCCUUUACCUUGUGCGAGCUGGUGUGAGUAAUUGCACUCCUACAGCGAUGGAUUCCUAUGUUUUUGUAGAUAAGAGUGAAGGUAAAACAUGCCUGAAAUUUUUUUUUGCUUUUCUGAGGAAGCCCUUGCAGCUAUGACUUUCCCAAGCAUAGUGAAGGUUUUUACACCAACUACAUAAAAAAAAAAAAAAGUUUAAAGGACGUGCAAAUACAUCGGUCACAAUCAACUUUAUGUUUGAAAGUCAUGUCUUGAAAGUCGCUAUAAAGUGACCUUCCUCUUGUUGCUCACUGUCAGAGCGUUACCAGCCUCAGCUACAGGCUGUCUUGCGCUGUGACUUCCUAAAAAUAAUGUAGCGAAGUGAUACCAGGUGCCAAGGAUCCAGAUACUAGAGAGGUCAAUGAAGUGGAUAAAGGCAGAAGGCAGCAUUCCUAGCUUUGACGGAUGACUCCUGCUAAGCCCAUUUUUCAUGCUCUUGGCCUCCUUGUUGAGACAGUGCAAAGGGAGGAAGACGCUCUGUGGAGCCACAGGUGUUCUGCCCCCGUAGAAGCUCCUGGGCAUGGGCUGGAAGUGGAGGGAGGACAAGGGUGUUGGAGGGGAAGGACUUUGGUUGUUGGAAAAGAGGAUGAGGUUGGUUUAGGCAUAUGUGCGUCUUAGCAGAAAGGUGUUUAAACUGUGAGAGUUUGCAACGCAUUAGCUAAAAUAAUGGGAACUAAAAUAUGUUUUGUGGAUGUAAGCCCGUAGCUUGCACUGCAGGUUUGGGAAACCUUUUUUUUUUCAGUGUGACAAUACUCCACAUCCUUUAAACUGCUUCUGAAAAAUGAGAACAGAUAGACAAUAGAUUCUUAAGUUGGUUUUAUUGUGAAAAUAUGGUGCCCAAAAUACUUUAUAUUUAAACUAUGCAAGAAAAUUCACUUGUCUACUUAAACUUUAGAGUACAAAAGUUACCCUAAGUGUAAGAAAUAACACAUUUAUAUAGCGACUUACUGCUAAUUACAACUAAGUGUGUCUGAUUGACAUGAAUGCUGAGAGAAUGAAUAGCCAAUCACAUAUGUAUUGAUCUGAACCUACUACAUCUCUGCCUUAUAGUACAUUUAGGGAGGAAAAAAAGUAUGUUUUUGUGUAAGAAUAUAGAUUAUAAUUAUAUUUUUAAAAAUGUAUUUUAUUUGUGUAAAAUCAAUGGGAGUAAUUAACACAGGAAAGGAAAAAACAAUUUAACAUACAAAUAUAUGAGUAGGAGUGAAAUAAUAGGAAAAUGGCUGAAACAAAAUUGAUUUUAUUCUUGCUGUUUUACGCUCUUGAGAAAUGUAAAAGAAAUAAAUAAUGGUUUAUUAUUUUUUAUUAUCCGUCAGGAAACAGGUGUGCUCCGCUCAGCUCUGUCAUUGAGAAUCUACUCUGCAGCUCUCUUAUAUAUAAUGGCAUUAUUAAGUCAAAAAGAAUUUUAAUACAUAGUUUUUUAUCAUUCAGUUUAGAAGUCAAAGUGAAGGAUUUUCACCUUUAUCUUUCACUCAAGUCCAAACCGGACAAAUACAGAAGCUGGCAAACACAAGAGAAACGCAGCGCAUGUUUUGUCCCUGUCCUUGUCAAAGUGCCUUAUAUGUUACAGAAAAUAAACAGCCAACUUUCUCAGUGGGAUCUGUAAGAAGAUAAAUAUAUAAUUAGACAUAUAUGCAUUUAAAUUACUUGUAAACUGUGUUUAAUAAAUGUGCUUUAUCAUUUUGUGGAUUUUUUUCUUUUUAAUUCUUCUUCUUCUUCUUGUGUAUAUCACCCAAGUUAAAACAGAUCGAACGCUAGGCUCGUGUUUUUUUUUUUCUGCUUAUCCAUGCAAAUGUCUUACUUGGUGAUAUUCUGUCUCCUCGUGUUAUAAAAAAUAAAUAUAUACACGUGAAUUUGUGCAAAAGUCUGCUUUUCUUUUGAUUCACACAGUUAGUUUGGGUCGUUUGUGAGGACCGUGUUUGCUAGAAAGUUCCAACAUUCUUUAAGCAAUAUCAGGAAGUGAUACUGUACUAAUGUUUUAGCCUGUUCGUUUAGUCCACCGGUUAAGCCAAAGAAGUUUCCCUCGCAGCAGAAGAUUCCCUGCCAUCAGAGUGUUUCAAUGUGCAGGCAUUUCUUUUCAAACUUUAGUACUGUAUACAUCAAUAAAGCUUUUUUUUUUAACACUGA